CUUCGGCGUAGUAGCGCGGUUGAUUCGCAUCCUGGAUUGAGCGCCACGUCGCCACAGCGGAGUCUUCCAGCACACAUGCAUUAAACACAGCCGAGGAUUUCUGUGCGUUUGGAGGGGAAUGCAGUGAAAUAAUCUGCUGGAGAGAGAGAAAGCACAAUCAUGGUGAAGAGUGUGAAUUCAGAAGUUCAGUCCAGGAGUGAAACAUAUGAAGGAGGAGAAGAACACACAGAACCCAAUCCGUCAGCAGCAGAUGGCGGUAAGGAGCACCCAACGGCUCCGCCCGGGAUGAUCUGGCGGGUGACGGGUGGCCUCGUAAGCGCCACGAAGGGCGUGGUCGGAGCCACAGUGGGCGGAGUCGCCUGGCUGGGCGGGAAAAGUUAUGAGAUCACCAAAUCAGCUGUGACCGCGGUCCCCUCGGUGGGCGUCGGCCUGGUGAAGGGCGGAGUUUCAGCGGUGGCGGGGGGUGUGUCCACGGUGGGCUCGACAGUAGCCAAUAAAGUUCCAUUCACAGGAAAGAAGAAAGACAAAUCAGAGUGAAAAAGAGGAUUGCGAUGAAGGUUAUAACGAAAGUUUGGUUUUUUUGACCGUAGAUUAUAACGAGAACAUCACGUUUGCUGUGCUGACAGUUUUUAUGUUGGACACCAGAGACGUUGAUGGAUGUUUUCGACCAAUCAACGUCCGAGACAUUUGCGCAAAAGGGAGUUUUGUGUACGUCAUACUGUGUUGUAACUGCAUAAAAAGACUCAAUCUCAGUGGAAAAUGUUUGACGCUGUCGGUUUUUCUCAAAUCAUCUCAGAUCUGCGACCAAAGACACAUUUAUCUGUGAUGUUUUGAACGUUAUUUUGCGUUUCUCUAGACAAUCUUCUGCCUUUAGCUGUUAAACGACUUUUCCUGGGAUGUUAUCGGUCGGACUGUAUGUGUUAAUAAAUUCCUUUUUUUAUUAUUUGAAUUUAAUAAAGUCAUGUAAAAGA